AUGGCUAUUGGUGUUUUGGCGCCGCUGCACCUGAAGCGCCAGAACUCUAGGAUUUCGACGCUCAAGGGGACCUCGUGCCAUGCGCCACCGAGUCCCCGGACGCCUGAGCCCGACAACCUAAAUGAUUAUGUCGAACUUCCAACGGACACUUCGAUGCCAAACCGCGUGCGCAUGCUCCGUGCGGACCAAUUUGCCGAAAUGUACGAUACCUAUGCGGGUUUAGAUAUGCCGCACCACAUCCUCUUCCCCUAUCUUCACUGUGGCAACAACGGGAACCCCCGGCAAAAUCUCUUCUUCAGCGGGUCACCUGCAGGACCGCCACUGCCGCGCUACCGCGGUCUCACCGUCGUGCGCGUUGACAAGGAGGGUGAGCAGACCUCGUCUGAUUCGGUGCUCCUCUCAAGUGUGCGGUCGUCUGAUCUUAUCUACAAGAGCCUGGACGGAUACCGCUUCCACGUGCCUGAGCCGAUUUCGAAUGUCAACAUGCGCCUCUUUGGCCUGCAGUGCCUGCACUACGCCAUGGUCUCGGACAUUGUUGUAUACUCACCCCAUGGCCUCACGCCCGAGGCGUGCGCCACCGCACUGGCCCUCCAGGAGGCUCACGCAGAUCUUUUCCAAGACCGCGUGGUUCGGCACCGGAAUCCUUUGCUCUACAAUGUCUUCAUUAUCUCUGACACAUUUAGCGAGCUGGAGCGCGUGUGCCCCCACCUUAUUGCGAUCCGAAGUGAUGGCACGCCACAUCGACACAUUUCACUGCCCCAACGCGAAUUGGCAGAGAUUGAGCAUUUUAGUCGCGCAUCCCCGAUUGCGCCGAACGUGUGGCUCGGCACAUCGCGCGACUUUGUGCCUGAUGGCACGGACAACCCCGAGAACAAGCCGACCUUUGGCUUGGGCAUUGAGGUGGUCGAUGCGGGUGGCCUGCCGCCCUCGUCGUUCCUCGAGCUGGUGGACACGACGUUCGCCGCGUACGAUGCCCAGGCGCGGCUGGGUGAAGAGACCCAGAUCCAGACGGCGCAUCUUGAGUGCCCCAUCACGCCCCCCCCCGGUUCAGAUCUGGGCGCCCUCUGCGAGGGCCUCUUAAACCUGUGUGUGUGGGUCCACCGGCACGCGCAGCCCGUCGAUCCUGACCGCGAUGCGCGCCGUGUGAUUUUCUACUGUCACGACGGGUACUCGGAGAGCUCGGUGCUUGCACUCAGCUACCUCAUGUACACCAUGGGCCUCACUCUUGACCAGGCAUACAUGCAUGUGCAGCUGGACCUACACCGGUCGUUCUUCGUGAGCCCGAGCGACUGGCAGCUGCUGCAGCAGCUGGCGCAGCGCAUACCGGUGCUGCGCGAGGCCCACCCUCCCGCGCAGGUGACCGUGGCGCCGAUCGACGAGACUCGGCCGCAGUUUAUGGACGACUUUUACUUUGACGGGAGCAUGCCGUCGCGGAUCCUCCCGUUCCUAUACCUGGGCAGCUUGCAGCAUGCGAUGAAUUCACGCUUGCACCAGCGGCUGGGUAUCACACAUGUCGUCUCGGUGGGCGAGAACUGUCUCACCGAUACAGGUCCCCACACCCUGGCGGCGGCGCGGAACGCCGGCAUCGUGGAUGUGCUCGAACUCCAGAAUCUUUCCGAUGAUGGCAUCGAUACACUGCGGCCUGUCUUGGACGACGUGCUGCGGUACAUCGAGCAAGCGCGCCUCGCAGGAGGCCGCGUGCUCGUGCACUGCCGCGUCGGCGUGAGUCGCAGCGCCUCGACAGUCAUCGCGUUCGUGAUGGCCCAUAUGGACUGGAGUCUUAUGGAGGCCUAUCUCUAUGUGCGGAGCCGGCGGCUGAAUGUGCUGAUCCAGCCGCACAUCCUCUUUCUCUGGGAAUUAUGUCAGUGGGAAGUGUAUUUGACGAAUCUCAAGCGGCAAGACCCCGACACUCGCGCGCUGCCGCUGGCUAUCGGCGCCGGCCGCGAUCUAUACCCGACGCUUCCAACGAAGCGCCACGCACUCGGCGAGCUGCCGCUGACCUGGUCGGGUCUGGCCCGCGAGAUUGCCCUGCUCAACGCGCGCUACCUUAGCGCCGAGGCCCAAGGAAAAGUAGCUACGAUGUAA